AGCUUGGCUGGCCCAGCCGGCAUGGAGCGGUAGGCUACGGAUCACAGCCAAGGGCAAAAUUGCAUACAUUAAGCUGGAAGACAAGACCUCAGGAGAGCUUUUUGCCCAGGCACCGGUGGAGCAGUUCCCUGGCAUCGCUGUGGAGAGUGUGACGGACUCCAGCAGAUAUUUCGUCAUCCGGAUUGAAGACGGGAACGGCCGCCGUGCUUUCAUCGGAGUCGGCUUUGUUGACCGAGGGGAUGCUUUUGACUUCAAUGUGGCUCUCCAAGACCAUUUUAAAUGGGUAAGGCAGCAGAGCGAGCUGGCCAGACAGGCUGAGAACCCUGAUCAGGGACCGAAACUGGAUCUGGGCUUCAAGGAGGGGCAAACCAUCAAACUCAACAUUGGGAACAUGAAGAAAAAAGAAGGAGCAGCAGGGAACACCAGACCGCGUCCCGUAGGUCCUGGGGGCCUGAGCUUGCUCCCACCACCUCCUGGAGGAAAAUCUCCUGCUCUGGUUUUUCCUUCCGGAGAGCGGCCAACUUCACUCUCCACACCUGCCCAGCUCCCAGGCACCCCCAUCGUAGACUCCCUCUUGUCCUGGCCGCAGCCCGCUGCUGCUCCCUCUGCCGCUGCCACCGACCUCUGGGGAGACUUUGCCAAAGCUUCAGGAUCGGCUUCUAACCAGACUCAGGCGAACACAGGCUGGGUUCAGUUCUGA